AUGGAGGACAAACCCGUCUCUGUAGAAGACAUCAAGAAGCAUGCUAGUGAACAAGACUGCUGGAUAGUAGUAGACGAUGUCGUGUGGGAUAUCACAGAGUUCAUACCCAGCCAUCCUGGUGGCAAUGAGAUAAUAACGAAACACGCCGGGCUCGACGCCUCCCUAGCCUACAACUCUGUCCACUCACCCACUUUGAUAUCCAAGACUCUCGCUCCAGGCAAACGCAUCGGCAAAGUCUCGUCCUCAACACCCUCCUACGACCUCCUAAAACCACCUCCAACAGAAUCCGCCCAACCCGCCUUAUCAAUUGCCUCAAAGCCGCCGCUCAGUAGUUUGAUCAACAGCUACGACUUCGAAGCCGUCGCCGAGAAAGUUCUCGGAAAGAAAGCAUGGGCCUUUUACUCCAGCGGCGCCACGAAUCUGGUGACGCGGGAUGCGAACAAGAGCAUGUUUGAUCGGAUAUGGUUUCGACCGCGGUUAUUGAGAAAUAUCCGGCAUGUGGAUACCCGGACGAAGAUGUUGGGACACAAUGUUGAAUUGCCGUUUUUUGUUAGUCCGGCUGCGAUGGCGCGGUUAGCGCAUCCGGAGGGGGAGAGAGCGUUGGCGAGGGGGUGUGAGGGGAGGGGUGUUGCGCAGUGUAUCUCAACGAAUGCGUCGUUUACCAUGCAAGAGAUUACGGGGAGCGUGAAGAAAGAUUCCAUACCCUUCUUCUUCCAACUCUACGUCAACAAAGACCGAAAAGCAUCUGAAGUCCUUCUCAAAGACGCGGAGAAGAAUGGGAUCAAGGGCGUGUGGUUUACCAUUGACGGGCCUGUGCAGGGGAAACGAGGCAAGUCUCACUCUACCUAA